AUAUAUGUCAUCUGGUAUGAUGCUUCCCGGUAGGCUAAAUCUCAUUUAUUGAAUAGCAGUGGGAAUUUCAGCGUUGGGGCAAAAAAAAAAUGGCGUCAUUUGGAAGGAAACAAGGCGUGGCUUUGGCCAGCAAUAUGCUGAAAACCCUAACCGGAAGAUCUUCCAAUUUCCGAUCCAACGCCAGAAGUUUUAGCGGUGUUGGUAGCAGUGAGGUCGUCACCUCCCACACAGACAAAUGGAUGCAGGAUACUAGCAAAAAAUCUCCCAUGGAAUUGAUCAAUGAAGUUCCGCCUAUCAAGGUUGAGGGCAGGAUUGCUGCCUGUGAAGGAGACACUAAUCCUGCUCUUGGACAUCCAAUUGAGUAUAUAUGCCUUGAUCUGGACGAGCCAGCUAUAUGCAAAUACUGUGGCUUGCGCUUUGUUCAAGAUCACCACCAUUAGGGCUGCAUGAUGAGAAUUCCUGAACUAAGAAGAGUCUUCUUCAUUUGAUAUGUAAACAGUUGUGCUUAUUUUGACCCUUUGUACUAAUGAUGCAGGCAAGUUUUGCUUCUCAGAAUAAGGAUUAGUACGUCCGUGUGAUCCAUUUUCUUAAAGCUGGUAUACGGAUGUUUUCACUAGUUCAUUUCCCUCUUUUGUGCA